AUGGAGGAGUUUAGGGUAACACACGAGUUCUCAUCUCUAACAAGUAUUUCGUUGGACUCAAGAUACGUCAAGGCAGUGCGGUGCCUUUUGGAAGAAGUUAUCGAUAUAGGUGGUAGAGAGGUUGAGCUUUGCAACGACAUUCUUAUCCAACAACUGUUUCCAGGAAGAAGAAGGUCCUGUUUUGGACUGUCCUCUCAGAUUAAAUCCGAACUAUGCAGUUCAGGUUUCAUGUCUUUGCCUGAGAAUCAUGAGCUUCAUAUCAAAAUCUCUAAGCUUCUGAGUUUGUUGGAACAGGUAGAAGAAAGGUUUGACAUUUACUGCAAUCAAUUGGAGCAAGUGAUUUCUUCAUUUGAGGGAAUAGCAGGAGAAGGGUCAUCCAAAGUAUACACCGGUUUAGCUCUUCAAGCCAUGACUCGACAUUUCGGUUCCCUCCAAGAAGCCAUACUCUCUCAGCUCAGCUCUCUUCGUCGGAGAUUCAUCAUCUCUCAAGAUCUUGUUCCCAAGAUCAUCAGCUCUGGUUUGUCACAGCUCAGCUUGUUCGAUGGCAACACUUCAUCAUCACUUCAACGUCUCGGUUUGGUUCAAGGACCACAGAGACAUGCUUGGAAACCAAUCAGAGGCUUGCCCGAGACUUCUGUUGCGAUUCUCCGAGCUUGGCUCUUUCAACAUUUCCUGCAUCCUUAUCCGAAUGAUGCAGAGAAGCUGAUGUUGGCGUCUCAAACAGGGCUUUCCAAGAACCAAGUAUCAAAUUGGUUUAUAAAUGCUCGAGUUCGACUCUGGAAACCGAUGAUAGAAGAGAUGUACAGAGAGGAGUUUGGAGAUUCCUCAGAUGAAUCCAUGCAAAGAGAAGGCAAUGAUGAUUCAAACUGACUGAAA